AUGAUAGUCACCUUGACCCAGCCAGCAUCACAAGAGUCUUCCUCGUUCCCUGCAGACAUCCCAGGUAUACUCCCCGGAAACAGUGUAAACUGGGAUACUCAGAGGCUUCAUGCUACUCAACAUGCAUGUUCAGCAUGGUUCCCCAAGAACAAUGUAACUUGGGGGAACUCAGAGGCUCCAUCUCUCUUCUUCCUCAACACAGUGGCGCAGCAUAACUCUGAUCAACACGACGGAACCUUCUCCAUCUCACUCUCUUCUUUCAAACAUCUAAACCUCUGUCUCAACCUUCUUCUGAUUCGUCUCAACCUUCCACUCGAUGCAACGCUCUGUUUCGUCCUCCCUGUCAUCUCAUCUCUACUUCACAGCGUACACACUCAGGCACCGCCGUGUCAAAUUCAUACACCACCAUCUCCUCCUCCUUUCAUCUCUUCCUCUCAUUCGAUUCGACCUUCCUCAACUCUCAAUUCGUUCGCGGACUCAUCAUCUCCCUGUCUUGUUCGUGGCUGA